AUGAAGGCACUGAUUUCCCGCAGGUUUUUGCAGACCUGCCUGUGCGUGCCAGGAAAGAACUUCAAGAAGUCAGAGAAGAGCUCAAACAGCUGCAAGAGAGAGGGGCACUGUCUCCCCCUGCAGGAGAAGAAGAACCCCAACACGGAGUUCUGCAUGAAGAACCUGGUGCUGACCACGCUGAACCUCUUCUUCGCGGGCACGGAGACCGUCAGCACAACCCUGCGCUAUGGCUUCCUGCUGCUCAUGAAACACUCGGAUGUGGAGGCCAAGGUCCAUGAGGAGAUUGACCAGGUCAUCGGCAAGAACCGGCAGCCCAAGUUCGAGGACCGGGCCAAAAUGCCCUACACGGAGGCAGUGAUCCACGAGAUCCAAAGAUUCGGAAACCUAAGCCCCAUGGGCCUGGCCCGCAGGGUGACCAAGGACACCAAGUUUCGGGACUUCUUCCUCCCCAAGGGCACCGAAGUGUUCCCUAUGCUGGGCUCCGUGCUCAGAGACCCCAAGUUCUUCUCCAACCCCCGAGAUUUUAAUCCCCAGCACUUCCUGGACGAGAAGGGGCAGUUUAAGAAGAGUGACGCUUUUGUGCCCUUCUCCAUUGGAAAGCGGUCCUGUUUAGGAGAAGGCCUGGCUCGGAUGGAGCUCUUCCUCUUCCUCACCACCAUCAUGCAGAACUUCCGCUUCCAGUCCCCGCAGUCGCCUGAGGACAUCGAUGUGUCCCCCAUGCACGUGGGCUUAUCUACCAUCCCAAGAAACUACACCAUGAGUUUCUUGCCUCGCUGAGCCAGGGCUGUGUGGGGGCAGGGCUCAU